CAAGCAGCAGCGGCAACGGUAGGCGUGUAAUAGCAGCCGCGGACCCAAGAACGCCAAGCGGUUCACGAUCGGUGGUGAGGUGGCCGCGCAUUACUCAGGCGCGCUAGCCCCCCAAUGGGUCCCAGGUGAUACCCGUUGCCGCUGUCGCGGUGACAGGCGACGCUAGCCGUUGUUCGAGCCUCGCCAGCGCCUGAGGCAUCUCCCGUUCCAGUCGCUUGGACUUCCCCCGAGCGUAUGGCUCACAACCACAAGAAGCUCGUCGAGCCGUCGUCGUUAGGCUUCGCAGUUCCCGAGCACCCCGUCGUGGUCGUUCAAAUGACAGACCCGAACAACAGCGCAUCGGUAACGUCGCAGUCGUCUUCAGUGGCCUCCCUCUCGUCGCUAGCGCAGGGCGCUGUGCAGGCGCCGCGACCCAACGACAGGACGCCUCUCCUUCGGCACACCAGGCUGUUUCGCAGCCUGAGUGGGGGCACCCAGAGUCCCCAGCAGACGACAUGUCAGCCGCCGUCCACACGACGGCUCGCCACGUUCUCGGGAUGUUUCACCCCGGUCUGCCUCUCCAUGUUCAGCGCGAUCCUGUUCCUACGGAUCGGCUUUCUAAUAGGUCAUUCCGGCCUACUCGAGUGCCUGGUUGAGAUUGUACUCGCCUACUCCAUCCUUUUCUUCACUGUGUUGUCCAUUUGCGCAAUCUCUACAAAUGGUGCCGUGGAAGGAGGUGGUGCUUACUUCAUGAUCAGCAGAGCGCUGGGACCUGAAUUUGGUGGCAGUAUCGGCACCUUGUUUUUCAUAGCAAACAUCUUCUCCAGUGCCCUGUACAUCACAGGAUGCGUGGAGGGUUUGGUCAACAACUUUGGCCCAUCCGGUGGGGUGGCGCGCCUUCUUCCCGAGGGCUUCUGGUACAACCUGCUGUACGGCACGGGCGUCAACUUUGUCAACCUCAUCGUGUGCCUGGUUGGGGCGACCAUGUUUGCCAAGACGACUGUUGUCAUCUUCGGUGUGGUCAUUGUGUCAGCCCUCUCGGUGAUGGUCAGCUUUCUGGCGCAGCCCGCCUUUGAUGUCUUGCUGCCGCAGGAGAACCAACACAUGCGUGACCUCAACAUCACCCACGCAUCGUACACAGGCUUCAGCUGGGUCACAUUCACCAACAACAUUUGGUCCUCAUACACUAUUGACUACACCACAAAGACCAUGACCACAUUCCCCAUUGUGUUUGGUGUACUCUUCAGCGGUGUGACGGGCAUCAUGGCAGGUGCUAACAUGUCUGGGGAGCUGAAGGACCCGGCCAAGGCCAUUCCCAGAGGCACACUGUCGGCUGUUGGCUUCACAUUCGUCACAUACGUCCUCCUCAUGUUUCUGACAGCCGGCACAUGCUCCAGGUUGUUGCUGCAGAACAACGUCCUCUACAUGCAGUACAUAGAUUUGUGGCCACCUUUUGUGGCCAUUGGAAUCUUCUUUGCCACCCUGUCUGCAUCCCUCAGCAACCUGAUCGGUGCAUCGCGUGUGCUGGAGGCGCUCAGCAAGGACGAAUUGUUUGGUGUUGUCCUGCGGCCAGUUAGCAUCCUUGUCUACAAGAGCAAUCCACUGGCAGCGGUCUUCACUUCAUGGUUUCUUGUGCAGCUGAUCCUGUUCAUUGGCAGCCUCAACACCAUUGCCCAGGUGACGUCGGUCUUCUUCUUGCUGUCGUACCUGUCGACCAAUUUGGCCUGCCUCGCCCUUGACCUGGCAUCGGCACCAAACUUUCGGCCAUCGUUCAAGUACUUCUCGUGGCAUAGUUCGUUGCUGGGCCUGUUGGGUUGUGGCACGAUGAUGUUCGUGGUGAGUCCUUUGUAUGCAGCCAUUGCCAUCAUCAUCUGCCUAGUGCUGGUCAUCGUACUGCACCUUCGCUCACCUCCCGUUCGCUGGGGCUCCAUUAGUCAAGCUCUGAUCUUUCACCAGGUACGCAAGUACCUUCUCUUGCUGGACAGCCGCAAGGACCACGUCAAGUACUGGCGGCCACAGUUCCUGCUGCUGGUUGCCAACCCGCGCUCCUCACUGCCGCUCAUCCUGUUCGCCAAUGACCUCAAGAAAAGCGGCCUGUAUGUGCUCGGUCACGUCAAGGUCGGCUCGCCCAAGGACUUCAAAGCCGACCCUGUCCUGGAGGAGUACCCCUACUGGCUCGCCCUGCUUGACAAGCUCAAGGUUAAGGCAUUUGUGGAGGUGACCAUGGCACAGUCUGUGCAAGAGGGGCUGCACCACCUGGCCCGGGUAUCCGGCCUGGGAGCCAUGAAGCCCAACACUAUCUUGUUUGGCUUCUUCGACGACAGCCACCCGACGGACUUUUUCGACCAGAAUAGCUCGUUCAAGGACCUGAGAACGGCCAAGGUUGGUGCACACCGACAAAGGUCCGAGAACGAUCGCGGUCGUGGGGACUGUGACGAACAGGCAAGCAGAAAGGUGCGUGAGGAGGAGUUCCUGGGCCUGCGGGACGCGUCCAGCCGGGAUCGGCCGUUAGGUCCGGCAGAGUAUGUGGCCAUGGUGUACGACUGCAUGUUCUGGAUGCAGAAGAAUGUGUGCCUGGCACGCCACUUCCAGCAUCUGGACAAGGCAUCCGUGGUGCGAUCUCGCACGCGCCUCUACAUUGACGUCUGGCCCCUGAACUUCCUGAACCCAGGUGACAGCCCCGGCGUCAUCGACAACUGCUGGCUCUUCACCAUGCAGUUGGCGUGCAUCCUGCACAUGGUGCCCGGAUGGAAGCAUGCCACUACGCUGCGCAUAUUCAUGUGCAUUGGGCCCUGCGGCGCAGGAGGCGACGGCGGCGAGGAGCAGGUUGCUCGCCACCGCCGCCACUGGGAAAGCAUGCUGCAGCUGCUGCGCAUAGAGGCGACCAUCAGCGUGGUGCUGUGGGACCACGUGGCGGGUCUGCUCGAGGGUCCGCGCGAGGACUACCUGCACGCCGUCAAUGCCAUGAUCAAGCAGCACAGCCAGACGACGGCCGUGCUCUUCCUGUACCUACCGCCACCCCCUCCGCCUUCGAACGACGGUGAUGCCCAGCGCCUCGCCUACCUCAACGAGCUAGAGCUGCUCACGUCAGGACUGCCCCCGACAUUGCUCGUGCAUGGCAUUUCACCCGUCACUUCCACCACCCUCUGAACGAUUCGGAAGUGAUAGAAGGGCGUGCGGGAGACAAAGUGCCAGCUGCUGUGGCGACCUUGGGAACUCUCAGAGAGUGUUUACUGAUAGACUUUUCCUUCAUUAUCUGCCUGGCUGUCACAUUUUGAGAAGCCGUGUGAACCUGCACGCAGAGAGAUUGCUUCAUUCAUACUGUGCAUGUGUGUUGAAGUGCCGUGUGAUAGAAUGCACCCUUGGUCGAAGGAAGGUGAAAAACGAUGAAUGACCCUUUAUUUUCGUGCUGAAAGUGACUGUAGCUUUUUUUUUUUUGUAACACCAUAUGUUUGUGUUCGCAUGUGUCAUUUUGAAACUGAAUCCUUAUUUUCUGGACAGUGUUAAAGCUAAGCAAUCUCAAUUGUUUUUUUUUUUUUUGUAAGAACUUGCUACACUCACUUCUAUUUAGUGAGCAGCUCUCAGUAAAAGAUUUCGUAAUCGCUGUACGAGACCCAACAGUUUGGCAACUAGGUUUCGUACGGCUUGCUACGCGGCUGCGUCCAUACUUGGAACCAAAGAAAGACGUGCUUUGAGGCUGUAUUGAUGCUUUCUUGGCAUACACGUAUGGCGCCUUCUUAGGAAUCCUUACAAGCACAGACGUGAACAGUUCAGAGUUUCAUUGCAUGCAUAGCAUCGCUUCUUCAUGCUAGAGCAGUUUACAGCAGACAGCACAGCUCAGAUCCUUCCGUUAAAGAAGCCGAAGGUACUGUAUUGUGUGAUGAGGUGUGCAUGUUUGUAUGUGUUGUAAACAACCGGGCUGCCUCUGGGGACUUUAGUAGCCUGUAAAUUAUGCGUGACAUUACCGUUCCGGGGCCGGAUAUAAGUUGUCCGUGAGGCGCUGCUUUAUUUGGGCAAGCGACCUUGCAUGCAAGCGUGUUGUGAUGCGUUUUCAAGGCUUUCUUGACAUUUAUCUGGAGGUAGUGAUGCCCAAAGUUUUUCUGGGGGGGGUUCAUGUUUAAACGCGCAUUUGAACGAGCUUGUGCAAGAUUGUUUAAAUUAUAUCUCGUAGCCAGUGCCGUUAGCUCUAACGCUAUGCAGUGGCGAGAUCAUCUGAGGUUGAAUAGGCACUCAAUUUAGUUUGCUUUGUGCGCUUUUGUUUUUAGAGUAACAGAAGUCCACUGAGAUGUAGACUGGUUCGUGCAAAGAUUUUUUUUUCCCCAAGCUUUCGCCAUGUGGUUUUACACUAGUCUUUGUUUAGGUCCCAGAAGUCCGCUUUUUGUUCUUGCUGUGUUAUAUUUAGAGAUAUUUAUGUGUGUAUGGCAUAAAUGAAUGUACACUUCUUUUACAGCACCGUUGUAGAGGGCAAGGUUUGUCUUCCUUUUGCAUCCGCAGCUUUUCUCAUCAUAACAGCUGACCAACUGCAGAAGAAUUGUGCUCAUGUGCUCUGCAAUCUUUUUUUUUUUUCUUGUGAAUACACAUUUCAUUUGUGAAUACGCUUUUGCUGUGGCUUGCAGAAAAAUGGUACAGACACUUUUUAUGUGGGCCCCACAGUGCAGGGAAAUAUGCACCAAGGCAAGCCGAGUACGUGUGUGGUUUGCGAGUGGCGCGCUGUCUUCUCUCCUUUCUGUCUUGUUCAAACCAUAUGCCGUCACAUUCUGUGUGUUGGACUUGCGUGCGGUGACCGAUGAAUGAAAUGCGACAAAUGCAAAGCGAUGCACAGUUAACGAUGUAGGCGUGAGUAAUCGUGCGCGGUCUCUUCUCGCCGUAUCGAAGUGUUUUGUUUUUUUUUCAGCGCAUUCUCACCUGACGUACGUACGUAUCCCAAGUACAGCGUGUGCGCAUUGUCGCGUUUCAUUCGCUGACGACUGCACAUUACCCAGCAAUACUUGAAGGCAAAGAGGAGCGUGGUCGCACGUGCGCAAUACGUCGUCUGCGCACUUUUGACUCUCUUAUCUUGCCUAGCGGUGCUCUUUUUAACCUAGUGCCUUCUUGUCUGGUCGACAUUAUAAUAUAUAUGCACUCUUAUGUCAUCUCCUUGCAGAUACGGCAGCACUGCCUUUAUGUGUUGUGCUGUGCUGUGAUUUUUGGGAGACAUAUCAAGGAUUGAGUGUAUUUACUUUUUUUUUCCUUUGUGUAAAAUACCUUAUAAUUCUCUUCUCUCAUUGUGUCAGUAAUUAUCGGUGAUGGAAGAGGUUUCUAUUUAGGGCUUUCGUGCUUGGCGAGAUGCGUAUCGUGGCUGUGAUUGCUUUUGCAGUACCCUCGUUUUUUUAUACGUGAUUUUACUUUUUUUAACUAGUUACACAUGUUUUCUCUUACGAAAUGGCCACACGCAUUUUGUCGCUCCUAGUAACUGUGUAAGAGGUUGUAUGUUUUUUGGCUAAUUAGUAAUGGGUCGUCAGCACUUUGAUGAAAAAGUGGCUUCCUUAUCGUUCUUUCUGUUUUUACUCCUAACAGCGUAAUGAACCUUCGAUAUAUUGUUCUAGUGUGCAUUGUGUUAGACUCACAAGAAGGUGAAUCGCAUCUAGCUGAGAACUUUGUUAAAUUAGUGGUUGUGCCUUGACGCUUUGUUUUGAAUAGUUUUUCACGCCCUGAAAAUUACAAAAAAAAAAACAGAAAUGGCUUUAACGUCCCUCAUGGCUGUGCAACUUGCCUACAUUACCAUAUUUAAAAAAUAUUAUUUUCUAGUUUUCAGUGUUGUGUAGUAAACAGAUUUUUCUGACUAUU